AUGAAUAACAACGCGCGACCGCAGCAAAUAGACCAACUCGCAUACGGGCCAAAUUGGACGUGGGAGCAUAACUUCGACCCUUCAUUCAUCGAACCAUGUUUUCCUUCUGUACUUAAUCAUACCAAGUCAUGGGAAGACGUGUUCGCGGAUAGUCCUGCAAACGUGGAUGGAAUUCAUUUUAUAAAGGAAAUUUUUGUUAACGACCGACAUUCCCAAAAACCAGAUCCAGUGAAUCCGGAAUCACCGAAAAUUGUGGAGCCUCGACAAAAAUUUCAACGAUUUCGUGCGAAGAAGUUCAUUUGCGAUGAGUGUGAUCGCUCCUUCACUAUGAAGCAGAAUGUUCAACAGCAUUUUUCUUUCAGUACCACCAUCCAAUGGAGCCAAGAAAAAAACGAUGCGCGUUGCUCGAAACGAUGUCCAGUGUACAAAGUGGUAGAUAAGGCUAAUGACGGUGAUCUUUCACCUACAGAACAGGAACGGAACCGUCGACCAUUCAAGUGUGAGCAUUGCGGCAUGGAAUUCGGUCGUGCAGGAGGACUGCGACGUCAUGAUAUGAUGGUGCAUCAGCAAAAGAAGCAUGCAUGCCCUUAUGAAGGGUGUAGUCAUCCCGGAUAUAAAUGUACUAAAGCUUUAGCUGCUCAUAUCCGUUCUGUACAUACACUUGACAGGCCAUUCGCUUGUCUAUUUUGUGAAAGGACAUUUGUUCGCAAGAACGAUCUGAAAGUUCAUGAGUUGACUCAUUCAACUCAGUGCGAGUUCAUAUGUGCUAAAUGCAAUAAUUGUGAGUUGGACGGCUCUAUGCAGUUAGCCAGCACUACUGUUACUCGUUUACUUUCAUUUUUUUCGGAUUAG